UGAUGAGGGGGGAGGAAGCACAUGGACGGUGCUGUUAUUGGGCCCUGUCAUCGUGCUGGUCACACACAGGGUCUCUGCGCCAUGAAAGGGUUCGCAGCCGCCCUCCUCAUCUGGACUCUGCUGUCCCCCCGGAGAGCUGGCGGGGAGGCCUGGCCCACACACACAGCCUGCAGGAACGGGAAUCUGCAAGUGCUCUACCAGAGCUGCGACCCAUUGCAAGAUUUUGGCUUUUCUGUCGACCAGUGUUCCAGACAAUUAAAACCAAAUCUCAACAUUAGAUUUGGAAUGGUUCUGAGGGAGGACAUCGAGCAGCUGUUUCUGGACGUCGCGCUCUUCAGUAAAGGAUUGUCCAUCCUGAACUUCUCCUACCCCGUCUGUGAAGUGGAUCUACCCAAGUUUUCUUUCUGUGGAAGAAGGAAAGGAGAGCAGAUUUAUUAUGCUGGCCCUAUCAAUAAUCCUGGAUUUGAAAUUCCCGAGGGGGACUACCAGGUCCUGCUGGAGCUCCACAACCAGGACCGCGCCACCGUGGCCUGCGCCAACGCCACCGUCCUCUACUCCUGAGCGUCUCGGAGCGCCGUCAGCUGUCCCGCGGCAACAGCAGCUCCUCCCACGGACCCUGCCGAGAGGGAGGACCAGCGGACCACAGAGCAAGCCUCCCGGAAGGGGCUGGCGCUGAUGUCAGCCCCAGGACCAGAGGUCCCCACACCCCACAGAUGCAACGAAGGCCCCGGAGCAUCCGCCUCCCAGGAGCUCCUGGGGGUCAACCCAGCAGUCUUGAGGGACCGUCUCUCACCCCGAGUGCUCUCCUGACAAAGCUCACCUCUUUCCUGCUCCUGGGAGCCCCGGAUCAAAUAAAGAAGCUGGCCCGCAA